AUGAGCACUAAUCCUUUCGACGAAGCAGUAAAAAAUCCUGACUUCAAAAUACAACCUGUUAAUGAUGAUAUUGAUGUCGCAGACAUCAGCAGCGAUGAAGAUGCGAAACCGGUCGUGAACGUUAAGCAGCAUGCUUCAGAGGUGGUUCAGAGUGAACCGAGCAACCAAGCAAGUACAAAGCCGAGCAACGUCGGAGAGCAAACAAUAGAGGCCUCCGAACAGUCCCAUGAUAAUGGGUCUACCAUUAUCAGUGUCGAGAAAGAUUCAAAAACACCAGCCUUGGAAUCUUCGUCCGGAGAUUCGUCUGCUGAAUCCGAAGAUAGCUCAUCGGAUGAAAGCUCUAGCGACUCUUCGAGCGAGCAAGUGCCAGUUAUGGAUGAUGAUGAUGGAGAAGACGAUGAUGCGGCACCUCAGGGUCCUAUCACGUCAAAGAAUGAACUCACAGAAGAGCCAGUGUUUGAGAUACCCGAAAAUUUUGAACUGGCACCAAACGCACUUAUCAAUGAAAUUGGUGUUAUCAAGUCGGCGUUCGAUCAUAAUAUUAUCAUACAGUCUUGUAGCUCGGCGGAACAGCGAGUUCUGAAAGAAAACUCUCUGCUGUGUCUCCAAGAUCGUCAGGUUUUGGGUCCAUUGUGUGAGGUCUUUGGCCCAUUGCAAGCACCAUUCUAUAGGGUUACUUUCCCGAAGUCAAAAACAGAGCUGUAUGAGAAAUUCUCGCAGCUGAAAGGACAAAAAGUGUUUUAUGUUGCUCCAGAAGCACAUUGGCAUGAUACUUUCGAGCUUAAGCGUAUGCGAGGUACCGAUGCUUCUAAUGGAUUCGAUGAGGAGCUACCAGAAGAAGAGCAGGAAUUCUCAGAUGAUGAAAAGGAAGCCAUGCAUAAAAAGAGUAAGAAACAAUCCAAGAAGCAGAGAGUUGACGGUGCAGAUGGUGCAACAAAUAACAAGUCUUUUGCAAACAAAUUUUCCUCCCGCCAAAAGGUCAAAGGGGAUGGAUUGGUGGCUGAAAAAGGAGCUGGGUCAGCGGUGAGUUCUUAUCGUUCUCGAAGCGCACGUCACGGCGAGCCACCCGCCCCUGAAGCCCGCUCUGUUAAUCCGACACCAUACGAGAAUCGCUCAAGCCAAAACGAAAGAGCUACUCAGUAUCAGGAACCACACCAUUUGCGCCAACAGCGGGAGCGGGAAUACGUGCCUCAAGAGUUUCAAAACUUUCACUCAAGACCGCAGAUACAGUCUCCAUACUCUCAGCAACAGCCAUACAAUUAUCCCUUCCAGGAAUACCAGCGUACCUCUGAUCAGCAAUACCCCGGUCAGGGCUACACUUCUCAAUACAACCACCAUCACCUACAGUCCCCAUCUUCCUCACCAUACCCGCAAACAUUUGUUGGAGCGAGCUAUCCAGGUCAACAUCACACUCAGCCAUUAGGAUCAUAUGCCCCAGCACAACCUCUGAAUGCAGCUUACCACCCCGCUAAUGCCGCUUACAAUUCACAAUUUGCACAACCUCAAAUGGUCCCACAACCUGGCUCUUCUCAGGCUCAAAUGGCUCAAAUGGUUCAACAACCUGGCGCUCCUCAACCUCAGAUGAUGCCACCUCAGGGUUACCCACAGCCACAAAGCCAAAACAUGCAACAAGUUUGGCAGUUACAACAAAUAUUAAUGGAUCAACAAAAACAGCAUCAGAAUAACCAGCAUAACAACGGCCAGCUCUAA